AUGACAAAAAGAUGGUACAAUAUUAGUCAAAUGCCUUCACUAGUAAGAGAACAUGUAGCAUCGAUAUUAUUCGAUGGAACAAUUAUGAUUAGCGGUGGACGUGCUGGUCGCACUGCUAUAACAAAUAAAGUUAUUUUAUAUGAUCCAAUAAAUGAAACUUGGAAUACCACAAGUAAUAUGCGAGAUGCACGAUAUAAACAUACAGCAUCAGUCUUAUUACAUGGACAAGUUUUAGUUACAGGUGGAUAUANAGGGCGAGAAAUCGGAGCUAUUGUGCCAACAACCUUUCUAUCCGAUGCCAUUCAAGAGUUACUUGAAUUUAUAAUUAAUCAGGUUUAUGCAGCAUUUGGAGGACCAGGAGGGAAAAAGCUCAGUAGCUGGAAAAACAUUUUAAUUGAACUGUGCUUAUUCAUCCUUAAAUGGAUUCUCCUUCUCCUUGUUCAAAAUCUUAUUAAGCUAUUGGAAUCUGGUUAUCCAUUGAUCGCUUUGCUUUUACGCAUAACACCUUUUUUCAUCAGGUAUAUUAUUAAUCAACUGCGUAACACAGUAUGCAAGUGA